AUGUUGGGUCAAGUUUGUGAAAAGCUUUGCCUCUCACAUCCACCAUUCCCACUGUCAGCUUCUAGGCAGCUUCUGACAUGGUGUCAGUACAGAUAUUACUAUCGUUGUGUUUCAAGCCAAGCGUAUGGCUAUACAAAUGUAAUAACUGGGAGACAGAGGAGCUCUUCCACAAGAGGCAGUUUGUUGCAGAGUGCCACAGUUCGUGCUCAUUCAACAGAGCGUGCACACAAGUGGGAGAUACCACAAGGGUAUGCUACACAGAUUAAGAUCUACCAUCCUCUUGUGAAGGAGCAAGUUCCGUUAGUACUGCUGCAGGAGAAGUUGGCACACUGGUAUGCAUGUGGACCUACAGUGUAUGACAGUCCUCAUAUAGGCCAUGCCAGUUCGUACGUACGCUUGGACAUUAUACGGAGAAUCAUGAGCAGUGUGUUCGGCAUUGAUACCACCCUGGUGAUGGGAGUCACCGACAUUGAUGAUAAAAUUAUCCAGAAAUCAAACCAGACAGGACAAAAUAUGGCAGAAAUAACACAACUCUAUGAAUCUGAAUUCUUCGCAAGCUUGGCCAAGCUGAAAGUAACUCCCCCAAGCAUCACUGUCCGAGUGACAGACCAUGUCUCACACAUUAUAGACUUCAUUCGUCAGAUAGAGCAGAAGGGCUACACAUACAGGACUGCAGACGGAAGUUUAUAUUUUGAUGUUAACAAGUAUGGGCACUAUGGAGCAUUUAUUAAUAUGCAGAUUCACAUGUCACCAGAGACCGACACAGACAAAAGGGCCCCCCAAGACUUUGCUCUGUGGAAGGCUGUAAAACCUGGAGAACCUUUUUGGGACUCUCCUUGGGGUAAAGGCAGACCUGGCUGGCAUAUUGAAUGUUCAGCAAUGGCCAGCCACGUCUUUGGGUCUAACUUUGACAUCCACUCAGGAGGUGAGGACCUGACCUUCCCUCAUCAUGAGAAUGAACUGGCCCAGUCAUGUGCCUACCAUGGGAACACACAGUGGGUCAACUACUGGCUGCAUACAGGUCACUUAUUCCUGUCGGGGCAGACAGAUAAAAUGUCUAAAUCACUGAAGAAUGUGAUCAGCGUGUCAGAGUUGCUGCAGGACUACACACCCAACCACUUCCGCAUGCUGUGUCUGCUCAACAACUAUAAAAACAGAAUCGAGUUCAGUGCCGAGAGAAUGCAGAAAGCUGUCUCCCUGGUGGCCACACUAAACAGUAUUAUCAGCCGCUGUGAUUUCUAUGUCAAAGGUCAGGUUGAUUGUGGAGACAUCCCAGAGGCACAAGUCUAUGAAAAGUUACAGUCCACCAGACAGACAGUAGAGGCAGCGUAUGCUGAUGACUUCAACACUCCCAGGGCACUGGCCCACAUAAUGAGGCUUGUGAAGUUUAUGAAUCAGCUACUGGAAGAGGUGACGCACACACAAACGAUCAGCGCCCGCAGUCCUGCUCCAGUUGCAGCCGUGGGUGCCUACAUUGGUCGGGUGAUGAAUCAGCUGGGGUUGGAUUUUCAGCAGAGGAAGGUUGAAGAUGACAGUGAGCAGCCGCUUCAGUUUUACAGCGCAGUGGAGACAUUGGUUUCUACAAGAUGGAAGAUUCGUGAGUUUGCCAGAGACAAGCAGUUUGUUCUGAGAACAGCCGGUGAAGUGGGCGUACCUGAAGACCAGGCUGCCAGGCUCAUGAAGAAGCUCUAUUCACCAUUGUGGAACAUCACUGAUGGUAUUAGAGAGGAUAUUCGUCACUCAGCUCAUGUGGAAAUCAGAGAUGGUGCAUCCGGCUCAACAUGGACUGUUGUGGAUUCCAAGAAAAAGUCCCCAGUGACGGACUCCAGCAUCGAGGCCACAGCACCUCACCUAAAUGUUAGUCAGGUGGAGGAUUCCAAUAAUAGUCCUGGUGAAAGAAAGUUCAAAACCCCAAGCUAA